CUUAGAUCAGUUCUACUACAUUUCUAUCUCCUCUUCAUUCUAUAGAUAAUUCAUACACUACUACUAGUUAUACAACACCCAUUGAAUAAUGUCAACCUCCACACCCCAAGCUACACCCUCACCCUCACCACUUCCACCGCAACAACCACCACCUUCAUCUUCAUCACCCAGUUCCAACUCCAACCCACUUCGCCCUCAAGACCAGCCUACUACCCCCCAACCCACCCUCCGCCUCCAAAUCAACGACCUCCGCCACCCAGCCUCAAAGACCUUCCUAACCCUCCUCCCGGACCUAACCACCACGCUCACCACCGCCCUCACAACCAUAAUCGAGCACCUAUACACCCCUCCCCAACAAGAACAAUCAACAUUCCACCCCUCCCCACCCCCAACCCGCUCCAUAACGCUCCUCCUCCGCGCCACCUCCGGCGUAGCCUACACAACGGGCACCGAGCUAGACAACGACCACAAAGAAAUCCACCUAUCGCUAUCCUUCAUCGAAACCAUCACCACCAACGGCAACAAUUCCAACCCUACUGCCGAACUAACCGGCGUGCUCACCCACGAACUCGUCCACUGCUACCAGCACACCGCGCCCCCAGAUUCUCCUCCUAACACCCCCCACCCCCCCGGCGGCCUCAUCGAAGGAAUCGCGGACUUUGUGCGCCUGAAAGCGGGCCUGGAACCGCCGCAUUGGAAGCGGCCUGCGUCGGCGAAGGAGAGAGCGGACAAGUGGGAUGAAGGAUAUCAGCAUACGGCGUACUUUUUGGCUUGGUUGGAGGAUGUUAAGGUGGGUAAGGGGGCUGUCGGGAUGUUGAAUGAUCGGUUGUUGAGAGUGGGUUAUGUGGAUGGGUUCUGGGAGGGGCUGUUUGGGUUGGGGGUUUUGGAGCUUUGGGAGGAGUAUGGGGGGUGGUUGGAUGGGGGUGGUGGUGGUGGUGGUGGUGGGUGUUGGGAGGAUGAGAUUGUUGAUCGGGUGUAA